CAAUUGAUACCAGACACGAGAAAGAAAAUUUGUAUUCGGCUUGAAGACUUGAGAAAAACCAUGAGUGAAAGCAGAGUGAUGGUAUGAUAGAUCGAUGGCAAGAAGCAAAAAGGGAGAGUCAGCGAUCGAUUGUCAAACUUUGCGGAGUAAUUUAUUCUAUUUUUUCUUUUCUUUUUUCUAUCACCGAUCAGAUUAAGAGAGAGAUUGACACAUUGAAGCUCCUCAAACAUCCAAACGUCGUCAGAUUACAUGAGGCCAAGAAGCUCAGAUCAUGCAAACCCUAAUUUUUCAUCUUUCAAAGCAAUUCCCCCACUUAAAUCCAACAAGGAAUCGUGAGGCCAAGAAGCUCAGAUCAUGCAUUAUAUUUAGGGUAUAAGUGAUUUGUCGGAUCGGACAUCCGAUAAAGUGGAUACCGGAUAUGGAUUGACUAUGCAAGAAUCCGUCGGAUUAUCGGAUCGGAUCGCUUAAUAUGCUUAUCGGAUUCGGAUCGGAUUGACUCUGAUCCGGUCCAGAUCCGAUCCGUUGACAGGUCUACAAGUGGGAAGAGAGAGGGAUCUAUAUUUUCUACGGCUUGGAUUCAGAAAUCGAUUAACCUAAGGGAGAUAGGAUUCUAUAAACUUUCUAGGGUUUAUAUAUCAUAGUAAGAUUCAGGAAUCGACUGGUUAAUCUGUCAUUGAUAUAGAGAGAGAUUUGAUUAUGGCGGAGAUCUAUCAAGUAUUGGUGAGACUAUUAGACGGCAAGCACAGAAUCCUCAAUUUCGCGUCUCCAUCAAUAUCAGCCAACUCUAUCAAACACCGUCUCUGCGAGAUCACCACCAUCCCUACCCAAAAUCAACGGCUUCUAUCUAACGGCCGGCAACUCGAAGACCAAACCCUAAUUACCGACGAUGGCACCCGCUUGUUCCCCACGGUGCACCUCCUCCUCCGCCUCCGCGGUGGCAAGGGCGGCUUUGGCUCGCUCCUCCGUGGCGCCGCCACCAAGGCCGGACAGAAGAAGACCAACAAUUUCGAUGCUUGUCGUGAUAUGAGUGGACGGCGGCUAAGGCACGUGAACGCUGAGAAGAAGCUGGAGGAGUGGAAGGCGGAGGAGGAGGAGAGGCGGCUCGAGAAGAUCGCCGAGGAGUUUAUCAAGAAGAAGGCGAAAACGGUGAAGAAGGCUGGAGGAUCGGGGGAGGCGGAUAAAUAUGUGGAGCAGUAUAGAGAGGAAUCUGCCAAGUGUAUGGAGGAGGUAGAUAGAUCAGUGAGAGAAUCCAUUUCCGGUUUGGUGAAUUCGAAACGCAAGGCUGCCGGGGUGAAUGGAUCGGAAGGAAAACGAUUGAAGAUAUGGAUGGGAAAGAGAAAAUUGGGUGAGAAUGAUAGCGACUGUGAUGAUAUGGAUGAGGAUGACAGCUCUGAUGAUGAGGAGGAAAAUGAGAAGUCUAUCAUUAUUAAUCACAUGAAUCAUUCAUCUUCGAAUAAGGAAGCAGAAGGAAGUCCUGGCUCUGUUACUGGUGGGAAACUUGGUGGAGAAUCUUCCGAUGGGAUUUCAUCUGAGAGCGGUUCUGAGGGUGAGGGAACUGUGGUAGCAGGAGAUUUGGAAUCAAAUGGAAGUCCUUGUGGAGAUGCAGCUCACAGUGAAGGCAAUGUGGCUGCUGACCUAGAUUUAGAGGUUCAUGAAGAAAAGAUGGAUAUACCUUUCCAGGAGCGGGCAGUAGUUUCUGCAACUGAAGCAUUUCAGCCUGAAAAGCAAGAAUCUGAUGGAUCUGUGUUUGGGAAUGUGGAGGGAAGUUUUGGUCAACCAUCUAUAACUUCGAGCUCUGCAGAGGCGGCGGAUUUUUCAAGCGGAGAAACUGAUUCAGAAAUUAACUGGGAUUCGGAAUCCAAAUUAGUAGUUCUUGAGGAAACAGUGGUCACAAGCACAAAUGUGUCUGAUAUAGAGAAGCCAUUGAACUUCGAUGACUAUAGUUCUGAAACAGAAAUGGAGGUUCUUGGCAUGGAAAGAUUGAAAUCUGAGUUGCAAGCUCGGGGGCUUAAAUGUGGGGGUACUUUGCGAGAGCGAGCUGCCAGGCUUUUCCUGCUCAAGACCACGCCCGUGGAGAUGCUUCCAAAAAAGCUGCUUGCCAAGAAAUGAGGUUUUCUAGUAUGCUUCAUCUGACUUGGUUCUAUUUUGUGUCGAUUUGUACAAUUAGUGAGAUCCAUGCUGAAGUGUGUAUCGUUUGUUGUACUACUGGUUAUUAGUUGAUACUCCUGCUGUAAAGCUGCAACUCUGUGAAACAGUUUAAUGAGAUUUUCCUCAUUAUGCCUUGAAA